GGCCGAGCUACGAUAUGAAUAGGUAUAGAUGAAAACAAACUGUAAGGUUAUGCGCGCUAAACGAUGGAUAAGAAAAUGAUAAAUCAGAAAGAGUAUUUGAAGAAAUACCUAUCAUCCGGCAAGGAUAAAAAGAAGAUUAAAAAAAAGAAACCCAAAAUCGGGUCUCAAACUGUUACAAUUAUUGAUGAUGACAUUGAUCUCAAAAAUAUGAGAGCAAUUGAAGAUGGCGAAUUCGACAUUUACAACAAUACGGAAGAUGGACCACAAAUCGCUGGUAUUGUCGACGAACGUGGUCCGGUUGAUUUCUCCGACAAGAAAAGGUGGAAAAUUAUAACAGACGACAUUGAUGGAGAUAUAACUGUGACGAGCAUCGACAGAAAUGAGAAGAUAUCUGAGGCGACAAGCCAGUCAAGUAGAAUACCUGCUUCCAACCCCAGAAAUCGUUCUCCUUCUGACGAUGGUAAAGGGAGACCACCUCUGAGGCAAAGAAAUGAUUCAGAUCAGGAAGAACCUGGCCGUAAGACAUUAUCUUCGAAGAAACGCCGUCAAUGUUCUGUUUCUAACCCGAAUGAAAAGCCGCCUGCUUUGGAGGACAUUGACUUCAGUCCACCUCGGAGAGUAGAAAAAAACGAUGACUUGGAAGAGUCCAGUCGCCGUAGGAAAUCUUUCAAAAAAAAACAAAGACGAGCAGUUUCCAGUCCUGCAAGAAAUUCCUCAGGUUCUGAAAACAGCGACAUUAGUCCACCUCGCAGGGCCAGAAAAAAUUCUGAUUCAGACGAAACUAGGUGCAAGAAAUCUUCUAAGAAGAAACCGCGGGUUGAAAAUCUUUCCAACUCUGAGGACAGUGACUGCAGCCCACCUCGAAGAGUCCAGAGGAACUCUAAUUUGGAUGAAUAUAGUCACAGAAAAUCAACCAAAAAACGACGCAGCGCUGUCUCGCCGAAUUCUGAGGACAAUGACUUAAGUGUGCCUCGGAGGGUCAGAAAAGUCUCAGACUCAGAUCUUAGCCCACCCAGACAUUCAAAGGCUGAAAGACUUGAUUCUAGUAGUAAACAUUCGAAAACACAUGAAAAUUCGUUCCGAAGUUCACGACAUGAUAAGUAUGACAAUAGGACUUCUAAAGCAUCUCCAUCUGUAGGUUUUGAUUCUUCACGAUCUAGAGGAAAAGAUGAUUACAAAUUAGAGAAGCGUAGAAAUAGGAGUAAUUCAUUAGAACAUGAGAGAAGUAAUCGACAGUCGAGAAAAGACAGAACGAAAUUGACCAGCAGGAGAAGAAAGGAGGGUGAUAAAGAACGGUCAUUAUCACCUCGGGAUAGGCAACGAAAUAGCAAAAAAAGAGGCGCAAAUAAGCAUUCCAGAAAGGAUGAAGAUGAUUCGACACCUGAUUUGAGUCCACCUAGGGAGGCUCAAACGAAUCUUGAAGAUUUGGAUCCAGAGUCCAAGCCUUUACAAAACACUACUAAAAAUUAUCAAGAGAUGAGUGAGGAGACAACUGGUUUUGGGCAGGCUCCAAUCUUUCGUGAUCGUAAAACUGGGAGAAAACGAGACUUUGCAGCAGAAAGACGCGACAAAGAAGCGAAGGAUGAAAAGCGAAAAGAAUUGGAGGAUAAAUAUGCUCAGUGGGGAAGAGGUUUGAAGCAAGUUGAGGACCACAAAGAAAAGCUGGACAGAGAUUUGUACGAGAUGAGUAAACCCCUGGCGAGGUACGCGGACGACGCGGAUUUGGAGCGAGAACUCAAAGCACAGGAAAGAGAAGGGGAUCCAAUGCUAGCUUACAUAAAACGGAAGCAGAUUAAAGAGGGAAAACAGGAGCCAGAAAAACCGAAGUACCAAGGACCCUUCAUGCCCAAUCGUUUUGGCAUUCGACCAGGAUAUCGUUGGGAUGGUGUAGAUCGGAGUAACGGUUAUGAGAAGAAGUGGUUCGAUGCACAAAAUGCGAGGAAGGCAGUACAGGAAGAAGCAUAUAAAUGGAGUACCGCUGACAUGUAGUGAAUAAAUGUACAUAUAUA